CCACGUUUUCUAAGACACUCCUCAACAGCUCAGGCACAUUUCGAACCUCCUGCCGUGGAACCUCCAGCCUCAGCAUCAUGAAGCCAAGUGCCAUUCUCCUUUUCUGCCUUAUCUUUCUGGCUCUGAGUGGCACUCAAGGAGUGCCUCUCUCUCGAACUGUACGCUGUACGUGCAUCACCAUCAGUAAUAAAUUUGUUCAUCCGAAAGCCUUAGAAAAACUGGAAAUUAUUCCUGCAAGUCAAUCUUGUCCACGUGUUGAGAUCAUUGCCACAAUGAAAAAGAACGCGGAGAAGAGAUGUCUGGAUCCCGAAUCUAAGGCCAUCAAGAACCUACUGAAAGCAGUUAGCAAGGAAAGGUCUAAAAAGUCUCCUUAAAACCAGAGAGGAACGAAAUCACUGCAGUGCUGAUAAGGAUGGACCUCACAGAGACUGCCACUCCCGUCGUUUCCUGACAGCGUAGAUGUCAGCCCGACCUGCACCUGUUUUGCGGCUCUAAAAGGUGACUGGCCCACCAGUCACCAAAUUAGCUGCUACUACCUCUGCAGGAGGCGGAAAGCUCUUCAUCUUAACUGCACAGGAAUAACUCCAUCCUGACGUGGUCCCAUAAGCUACACUGAGGUGCUACUUCUUAGUACAGGGUCAAGUCCUAGCCCUGCCACUGACACUCUCCCCACCUGUCCUCCCUUCUAAAGAGUAACAGAUCUUUCCACCUUUGAGUUUAUCAGAGUUCCUAAAUCUCAAAUAACUAAAACGUAUGCAAAAUGAUAAUACAAUCUGUUUUUGUUUUUAAGAACAAUAUUUUAUGGGCUUCUACUGUCAUCCACCCAAAGGGCCUAUAUUAUUUUAGUGGUUAUAUACAUAUAGUUCCAAAUACAUUCAGAAAGCUAGAAAUGUUUGGAAAUGUGUGUAUAAAUGUUAUUUAAUGAAAGAUUGUAUAAAGUAGCAAAAUUCUUAGAUGUAUGUGUUUAUGCUGCUGUUCUCAGUAUUAUGGAAUAACUUGUGUUGUUAAAUGCACUUAUGUAAUAUAAUAGCAGACAUGUUAAAAGCUAGACAUAUGUUCUUCAUGUUAUACAAAACAAAUAGGCUGAAUGUUUUUUCAUAAUAAAACUGAUUUCCUGAAAAUAUUAACAAAGAUUAUCUGAGACUGAAAAGGUACUAAUUAUUCAGAAUAAAAAUUUGCGAUUGAAAUAACAAA